CGAAGUAAUUACUUUUUUUAAUAAAUUUCAAACUCCAUCUCUUCCAAUUCUCACACCUUUCAAUCUCCAAUUCUCAUCAACCCUCUUCACAUCUUCUUCAAUUCUCCAACUCUCUUUUCAACAUGAAUCCUUCCGGCUUCGACUUCUUCCCUGACGAUCUCGAGCCUCACGAGCAUGCCAUGUGGAUCUUCCAACAAUUCGGGAGUAAUCCGUCGAUGUUCGAGACGCCUUUAUCGAGGUACGUCUAUGAGCGGGAGUCGGUUCCAGAGACUCAACCAGAACCAUCCGGCACCAAAAAAAAUGCACGCCGGAAGAACUACAAAGCGAAAGGCACUCAAGCGAUGACUGAGGCGUCACGAUUUCACAUAGUGGCCGACCAUGUCACAAAUGAAUGCAAGGUUCUCAAGCGGGAGAUUGAGAACCUAAUCCAGGCGGGGCACCUGAGCCAAUUCGUUAAGAAGAGGAAUACUUGGCGAAAAGACAAUGAAAAGAAACCAGCAGACAACCGCAGAAAGAAGGCGGCAGAGGCAUCGCAGAAAAGGAAGGAGAUUGGCCUUCUGAGUGACAAAGAAGAAGAGGUCUCACUCAAGCAGAAUAGGGUUGAAGAGAACCUCAUGAUCUACGGAGGUAACACUAGAGGUGACUCCGCAAAGCAGAGGAAGAAAUGGGUGCACUCGACCUAUGUAGGCGAUGUGAUCAGCAGCGCACUUGGGCAAUCCAAGAUGGUAAGGCUGGAACCAAUUCUUUUUUGUCCCAUGGAUGCACCACAAAUCCCUUCCCCGCAUAGAGACGCUCUGGCCCUCAAGUGCGAAAUCAACGAUGUAGUGAUACAUCAUUCUUAUGUUGAUAAUGGAAGCUCUGUCAACAUAAACAUGAAGACGUUUGAAGAGCUGGGGUUGAAGAAGGAACUCCUGCGCAAGGUGAGAACCUCUUUGUCUGGGUUCACAUAUCAUUGAUGCGGAAGGCUUGAUUGAAGUGAUGGUCAACUUUGGGGAUGGAGAGCACAAGAGGACGAUUCUAGAUGAGUUCAUGGUGGUCUAGCUACUCGGGUCCCACAAUCUCAUCAUCGGCCAACCCGCCUUAAAGGAUCUGGACUCGGUCACCUCUAUCAGGUACCUCUGCAUAAAAUUCCCAACUGACACGGGAGUUGGGGUGUGCAGGGGAAACCAGAUAUUAGGUAGGCUUUGCUACCAGAAGUAGGUGAAGAAGAUGGACGCCCAAGAUCUGUGGAUAAACUGCAUCGUCACGG